AGAUGUCGCUAUGUAUCAUAUGAAAAAUAGGAACAUAUGUAAACCAUCCACACCAUAUCGAACAGCUAGAGGCCGCGCUAUUAAUAUCCGACCUCGGCGGCGCUCUCCAGGUCUGCUGUUGUGCCUUCUGCCCUUCUGUCGAUCGCAACGGUGACUUCCAUUGAUCGCGGCGGCGGCGGAGUACACAAUGUCGAAGACGGGAGCACUGGAUCUUGCAUCUGGCCUUGGAGGGAAGAUCGACAAGGAAGAAGUCAAGUCGGCCGUCGAUGAGUAUGAAAAAUAUCAUGGAUAUUAUGGAGGGAAGGAGGAAGCAAGAAAGUCCAACUACACUGAUAUGGUUAAUAAAUAUUAUGAUCUUGCCACUAGCUUCUAUGAGUAUGGUUGGGGUGAAUCUUUCCACUUCGCUCACAGAUGGAACGGAGAGUCCUUACGUGAAAGCAUCAAGCGACAUGAGCAUUUUCUUGCCCUGCAGCUUGGAUUGAAACCAGGAAUGAAGGUUUUAGAUGUGGGCUGUGGAAUAGGUGGACCAUUAAGAGAAAUUGCAAGAUUUAGCUCAACUUCACUUACUGGAUUGAACAACAAUGAAUACCAGAUAUCCAGGGGAAAGGAGCUCAAUCGGUUGGCAGGGGUUAGUGGAACUUGUGAUUUUGUCAAGGCAGACUUCAUGAAGACUCCGUUCUCUGACAACACUUUUGAUGCUGUUUAUGCCAUUGAGGCGACAUGUCAUGCACCCGAUCCAGUUGGCUGCUAUAAGGAGAUCUAUCGUGUGUUGAAGCCUGGUCAGUGCUUUGCUGUAUAUGAGUGGUGCAUUACUGAUCACUAUGAUCCAAACAAUGCAACCCAUAAAAGGAUUAAGGAUGAAAUUGAGCUGGGCAAUGGCCUGCCAGAUAUCAGAAGCACUCGGCAAUGUCUUCAGGCAGUAAAAGAUGCUGGGUUUGAGGUUGUUUGGGAUAAGGAUCUUGCUGAAGAUUCCCCAGUGCCUUGGUUCUUGCCCUUGGAUCCAAGCCGAUUUUCCUUGAGUAGCUUCCGAUUGACUUCUGUGGGACGUAUGAUUACUCGCACAUUGGUCAAGGCAUUGGAAUACGUUGGUCUUGCUCCAGAAGGCAGUCAGAGGGUCUCUAAUUUCUUAGAGAAGGCUGCUGAAGGUCUUGUAGAAGGUGGCAAGAAGGAAAUCUUCACGCCGAUGUACUUCUUUUUGGCUCGGAAGCCUCUGUCAGAAUGAGCCCUUGGAGCACAUUUCAGAUUUUCAGAGCGAGAAAGAUAGGAAGCACUUGAUAGAAGCAGAAUGGGAAAUCUGAAAUCAAGAAAAACAUGGGAGUAAACUGUUAAGCUGUCUGUGGGAGAAAUCUGAAAUCAAGAAAAACAUGGGAGUGUUCCUGUGGGAAGAGAAGAAAUAGUGAAAUGUGUUAACUGUUAACCUUCUCUUUGUUCAGUUGUUUUGCUUUGUGAGCUUCUGAUCCAUGUGUUUGUCACUAGGGUGCUUGUGCUCUUCUUGAACUGACAAUUCGAAAUCCUUUUCCUUGUCCUAAGCUAGUAGCAUAAACAAGUUGGUUUGUAUAAUACUGCUUCGAUAUAGUAAAUGUCGAGUUUUUUU